GCUUCCAUUAGGAACACAACUCCUCCUUGUAUGUGUUACACUCACAAAAUCUGCUUGGAACAAAUGAGGAUUUGGCUCCUCCUAUGGCUGGUCUUAAUACUCGCACAUACCAACACCUUCAGCAUAGGCACGGCUUUGGUCUCGGGCCAGUGUCUUGGCGAUCAGAAAUCCCUGCUGCUGGAAUUGAAGAAUAGCCUCAACUUCUCUGCUUCCUUGUCCACUAAAUUGAUCGAAUGGAACCCGAGCAAUGAUUCUUGGGACGGCGUGACCUGCGAAGGUGGCCAAGUCACGGGUCUCGAUCUGAGCAGCGAGAGCAUCACCGGUGUACUUGACGAUUCAUCGAGUCUUUUCAGACUCAAUCAUCUUCAGAGGCUGAAUUUGGCUUACAACAGCUUCCAGUCUUCGGAGAUUCCAUCUGGGUUCGGUAAUCUCACCGAUUUGGUCUACCUGAAUCUUUCAAAUGCGGGGUUCGUAGGGCAGGUUCCAAUUGGGAUAUCGCGUUUGACAAGGUUGGUCACUCUUGAUGUAUCCCUGCUUUAUUUUCCUGGGCUCACAUCACUGAAACUCGAGAAUCCGAAUCUAAAGAUGCUUGUUGCGAAUCUUAGCGAGCUGAGAGAGUUGUACCUUGAUGGAGUGAACGUGUCUGCUACAGGCAAUGAAUUGUGCAAUGCCUUGUCUUCUUCACUGCCGAAGCUUCAAGUGUUGAGCAUGGUGAAUUGCUAUUUAUCAGGUCCCAUAGAGUCUUGCUCUUCCCUCAUGAAUCUUCGUUCUCUGUCGGUUAUUAAGCUGGGCAACAAUAAUCUGUCUUCUACUGUCCCGGAGUUCUUUUCCCACUUCCACAAUUUAACUACUCUGCAUCUCAGCAGUUGUGGUCUGCAGGGAGAAUUUCCUCAAAAAAUCUUCCAGGUACAAACACUUCGGACCCUUGAUCUAUCAGUCAACAAACUCCUACAGGGUUCUUUGCCCGGAUUUCCGGAGAAUGGUUCUCUUCAGAGACUGGUUCUUAGUUUCACGAAUAUUUCAGGGAGGCUCCCAGAAUCAAUUGCUAAUCUCAGAAGUCUGUCAAGAAUAGAAUUGGUGAAUUGCAGCUUUCAUGGAAAUAUUCCAAGCUCUUUCACCAAUCUUUCGCAAUUGACUUAUUUGGACUUCUCAUUCAACAAUUUUACUGGUUCAAUUCCAUCACUCAGCAAGUCCGAGAAUCUGACACGAAUCGAUUUGUCCCACAAUAAUCUAACUGGUCAGAUCGAUUCAAUGCAAUGGGAAUAUUUGUUGAGUCUUCUUAUCCUCGACCUGCGAUUCAAUUUACUUGAAGGAAAUAUUCCUUCAUCUCUAUUUACACUUCCUUCGAUUCAGAAGCUUCUACUUUCCAACAAUCGAUUUUCUGGUCAAGUGAAGGGAUCUUUCAAUGCUACUUCACACAUGCUGAAUACACUUGACUUGAGCAACAACAAUAUAGGAGGAGAACUACCCGUUUUUAUAUGGGAACUCCGAGGGCUCAAGUACCUCUCACUUUCUUCCAGUAAUUUCAGUGGCUCAUUCCACAUUAAUUUGGUUCAGCAGCUGAGGAAUCUUUCUUAUUUGGAUCUUUCGUACAAUCGUUUUUCCAUUAAUGCCACAAAUACUGCUUCCCAGGCGUCUUCAUUCCCUGACCUUGCAACUUUAAAGCUGUCUUCUUGCCAGUUGAGGACUUUACCUGAGUUCCUGGCUGAGCAACACAGAUUGGUAUCUCUAGACCUCUCUGACAAUCAGAUCCAGGGUGAGCUACCGAAAUGGAUAUGGGAGCUUCAAAAUCUUCUGUAUCUCAAUCUUUCGUCUAAUUUACUAGACGAUAUUGACACAUUGUCACAUAAUCUGACUUCUACUCUCUCUGUUCUUGACCUCCAUAAGAACAGGCUGCGUGGACAAACGUUGCCGCUGCCGCCAUUUGCCACACACAUGGACUUCUCGAGUAACAACUUCACUUUGGUGAUUCUACCUGCUAUUGGAACGAGCCUUUCUGUGGCAAUAUUCUUCUCCCUGUCCAAUAACAAUAUCCAGGGGUUUAUCCCAAAAUCAAUUUGCGAAGCUGAAUAUCUCCAGGUGCUCGACCUAUCCCAUAACAAUUUGAGUGGAAAUAUUCCUGAUUGCUUAGUGAUGGGGCCUCUCAAGGUAUUAAAUCUGCGAAAUAAUGCCUUGGAUGGUAGCAUUAUCCCAAAAUCAAUUUGCAAAGCUGAAUAUCUUGAGGUACUCGACCUAUCUCAUAAUAAUUUGACUGGAAAUAUUCCUGAUUGCUUAAUGAUGGAGUCUCUCAAGGUAUUAAAUCUGCGAAAUAAUGCCUUGGAUGGUAGCAUCAUCAAUUUCCCUGGAACAUGUGGUUUGAAGACUUUGGAUCUCAGUGGUAAUCGAUUACAAGGGAAGCUCCCCAAGUCAUUGGCAAAUUGCACAGCUAUGGAGGUUUUAGACAUAGGAAACAACCAGAUUGAUGACGUGUUUCCUUGUCAAUUGAAGAGCAUUGCAAGUCUACAAGUCCUCGUUUUACGAUCCAACAAAUUCCAUGGAGGGGUUGGAUGUCCAGGGACUGCUGGCACUUGGAAGAUGCUUCAAAUUGUAGACAUAUCUUCCAACAAUUUCAGUGGCAAGGUGCCUGCUCAAUGCCUCGCAAGUUGGGAGGCUAUGAAGGCUAAUGUGAACUUUAAUCACAUCCAAUAUCCUUUUCUUCGCUUGACAGGACUCUAUUAUCAGGACACAGUAAGCGUUACCAUCAAAGGUCUGCAAGUGGAGCUGGUGAAGAUUUUGACUCUUUUCACUUCAAUCGACUUCUCAUGCAACAAUUUAGAUGGUCCAAUACCUGAAACUCUGGGGGAUCUCAAAGCCCUUUAUGUCCUCAACUUAUCAAACAAUGGAUUCUCAGGGCCAAUUCCUCCAUCCCUAGGAAACUUGCAACAACUUGAGUCCUUGGACCUUUCAAGGAACGACCUCAGUGGGACGAUUCCCACACAGCUUUCCGACCUGAAUUUUCUUUCCGCCCUGAACCUCUCAUACAAUAAACUUGUGGGAAUCAUUCCAGCAGUCAAACAAUUUCUCACCUUUUCAACAAGCUCCUUCGAAGGCAACAGCGGAUUGUGCGGACUGCACCUGGAAACAAAAUGCCCAAAUAACAACAGCGGAUUGUGUGGACCCCAGCUGGGAAUAAAGUGCUCAAAUACCAACAGCUCUGAGCAUGGGAAGAAUGAUUCUGAUGGUUGGGGAAGCAUUAAUUUUCAGUUCAUUCUUGUCGGUUUGGGGUUUGGGGCAGGUGCUGCAGUGGUUGUUGCACCUCUUACCUUUUGGAAGACAGGCCAAGAAUGGUAUGACGAUCAAGUGGAUAAGCUCCUCGAGGUGGUUCUUCCAAAGAUGGGAUUUACUUACACAAGGCAUCAUGAUGACAACUCUGAGGGAGACGAAGCUUUCGAAACCAGCAGCACAGCUAUCUUAUGCAGCUACAGUGACUAUGAAUUUGAUGAAGAAGAAGAGAACGAAGAGGAAGAAUCUUGGGGAAGGUAUUGUGUGUUCUGUUCCAAGCUAGACCUCAGUGUGAAGAAAGUCAUACAUGACCCAAAGUGUACAUGCUAUGACUCGCCACCUAUGUCUUCUUCUUCCUCCUAUUCAUCCUCAUCUUCCGCAUAGGGAUUCUCUGGGUCUCUACUCUGAGCUUUCUUUGCUUGCCUUAUUUUUCUUUGCAUAUUGUACAUAACACAAACAAAUACCAUUUUCAAUGGUGUUGAGGACAGAACAUGGGUUUUUCUCAGUACAUAUGUAAAUGAACAGCAGGGAUGAACGGCCGGUGUGCCGCAUAUGCUAGCAAUCCAAUCCAGGUUAAGUUGAUAGGACUAUUCUCUCAGGCAUUUUGUCGAACAGGUGGAGACCCAUUACAUUUCUCAAAACAACCGUACAGAAAUGUUUACCCGUUGGAUGGCUGUUCAUGCUUUUGCUAUCAA